UGAACAUGCCAGCGAAAAAUUAAAAAAGACAUCGCUGAUAACUCAAUAAUCACUUGAUAUUCGUCAUCGAUAAAUGAAUAACAGUAAUGAUGAAAAUGACAUAUAAUGGCCGUUAUAAGUAUUUGUUCAUCGAAAUUAUCGGAAAUGACUGAUAAAAGGUCAAUAUUCAAGAGAUGUUGAUGACUGUUUUAACAGUGCACGUAGGAUAUACAGUAGAAUCGAGAUUAAAACAACCGGUUUCUGAUAUUCAGAGAUCCUCCCGCAUAACAACAAGUAAACCAGCCGGGGCGGUUAUUCAGUGCAGCAUUACUCCAAUCGCAACCCCGUACUCAAUAGUCGGUUAGAAGUCCAAGGGUGAAACUGACCGUACCAUCUCGUCUAAUCCAAUUCAUGCCAGCCUAAGGCGCUGUGCCACCAUGUCAAGCCAUUCAGCCAUUCCUCAUAAUACUUGUUAUGUUUUAUUCACUCCCUUUACGAUUGUGAGUGUGCUAUGGAAAUAAUGAACCAGUCGUUCAAACUCUAUUCUAUACUGUAUGUGAUGAGAAUGGUUAAUAGAUUGCACGUGAUAUUCAUUAGCUUACUCCUACUAACAAUUAAGUCGCUAUAAAAUUCACAUACCUUGCCAAUUAGGCCUUUAUGGUUCUACUGAAAUUUGAGUCUGUUGUAAAUUUCUGCUUCCAGCGUACAGCUGAGGAUGUUCGAAGGGAAAGAUUGCAGGAAGUUCGAUUGGCAAAUAUAAGAGAAAACAAAGGGAAGAUAAAAGAUCUCGAGAAACAACUUGACAAGGAUGAGUCGAAUAAAAGCGGUAUUGAAAAGGAGCUUCAGGAAGAAGAAGACCAUUUUGCUACUCUUCAAGCAAGGAAAGAUGACAAAAGCACGGAACAAACUUCAGUAGAUGAUGAAUUAGAAAAAAACCGCAACAACAGAGAUAAACUUUCAAAAAAGUUAGAAGCACUGUCCCUUACCACGAAGAAGCUUAGAGGUGCAAAGAAUGAGUUAAGUGAGGAUUUGGAUAAAGGGGAAAAGGACGCCAAAAAGCUUGAGCGGGAACUUUAUAUGUACCUGAAGGCGCUCGUUACGGGUCAGCAGUAUGAAGACUCACUAAAUGAAUGGCGUGAAAUAAACGAGAACGUGAGAGCUUUCCGUCCGACCACCGAUUUCAAGAUAUUCAAUGCAAAGAAACUCACUGACCUAUGGGAUGUCCUUAAAAGUCUGGGUUAUAUGUCGUUGGGCGAUUACACAGCGCUGGUAUUUUUCCUUGCUUUUACACCAAACUUCAAACAACUGACUGACAAAAUACACAGCACUGAAGAUAGCAUUCUUGGUCCCUACGACAAAACAAAGGAGCGAAAAUUUUCGGAUUUUCAAAGGAAAGAAGACGGUUUGCUAGGCAGAGGUUCGUACGGCGCAGUUUGGUCUUACCAAGAUAUGAAAACAGGUGAAACAAUUGCGAUCAAGGAAAUAGAUGCCCCAGGAAGUUUAAGAACAAAGGAAGGUGAAGCCCUUUUGAAUGAGGUGAAGAUAAUGUGCGAGAUCAGUCAAUACAAGCAUCAACAUAUCGUACAAUAUUACUUCGAGCAUAAUGAUGAGGCUAUUGGCAAGUGGUACAUUGGAAUGGAAUAUUUGACUGGGGGAUCUUUGACAAAGAAGAUAGCCGGACAGCCACUGACUGAGGACAAACUAAGAAGCUACACGUAUCAGAUUCUCUGUGGCAUUCAGUUCCUCCAUGGGAAACACAUAGCCCAUAGGGAUAUCAAGUCUGACAACAUACUUUUGAGCUUCGAUGACCGUAUCAAAUUGGCGGACUUCGGAAUCUCAAAGAAGCUCGAGGCCAGUCGCCUGACCCAUGGAGCAUUAACUGCUGAUAAAGGAACAGUGCAGUACAUGUCACCGGAGGCAGUAAAGGGCGAGGACGACGAGAAAAAGGGGUAUGGCUUACAGACAGAUAUCUGGAGCGUUGGCUGUGUUGUGUUGGAAAUGGCCAAGGGAACUCGUCCAUGGAGUGAGUCUGGAAAUGCAGCACAUGUGCUGUUUAUGAUUGGAAAAAAAAAUACUCCUUCCGUUGCUGAAAAUGUUCCUGAUAGUGUGAAAGAUUUCCUCAAGAAGACCUUCAUUGUGAUCCCUAAAGAUCGACCAUCUGCCAAGGACCUUCUCCAAGAUAAGUUGCUCGCUGGUAUCACUUUAGACCGCAGUGGAAAUGUCCGUCUCUCUUCAGCCGCUAGUGGAAAAGCAGGUACCCCUCCAGCCGAUAGUGGAAAUGCAGUUAUCUUUUCAGCCGCCAGUGGAAAUACAAGCAUCUCUUUAGCCGACAGUGGAAAUACUGAUAACUGCUGCCGACAGUGGAAUUGCAGGUCCUGCUUUAGUCGACUGUGGAAAUGCAGGUAUACCUAG